AUGGGUCAAAGUUACUCCAAAAGCGACGAGCCAUGUUCGGAAUCUUCCAGCGGACAUAUCGAUCGCAAACCGGACUACUAUGAACUUUUGGGAGUUGACCGAACUGCUUCACCAGACGAAAUAAAAAAGGCAUAUAAAAGAAAAGCUCUUGAGCUACACCCCGAUAGAAAUUAUGGAAACGUCGAUGCCUCCACGAAACUUUUCGCAGAAAUCCAGUCAGCAUAUGAAGUUCUUUCCGAUGAUCAAGAAAGGGCGUGGUAUGAUUCUCAUAGCGACGCAUUUCUCGGUGAGAAUGGAGAACCCAGCGAAGUGCCUUUUGCAUACAAUAAUAUGCGAAUGACUACUGCAAGUGAUAUCAUGAAUAUUUUCUCAAAAUACAGCCCUGGUAUGGAAUUUUCAGAUAGCUCUGACGGAUUCUAUGGUGGUCUUCGAGAGAUAUUCGAUCAGCUCGCUUUGGAGGAGAGACUCGCAUGUCAAUGGGAAAACGCACAGAGCGUGGACUUGCCAACCUUUGGAAAUAGCACCGACUCUUUCGACGAGGUGGUGCGGCCGUUCUAUGUCAUAUGGAGUGGCUUUUCUACGAGGAAGUCAUUUGCUUGGAAAGAUAUUUAUCGGUAUUCGGAAGCCCCUGAUCGCCGAGUGCGACGGCUUAUGGAGAAGAAGAAUAAAAGCUCGCGAGAAGAAGCAAUCCGCGAAUUUAACGAAGCAGUUAGAUCGCUUGUCGGGUUUGUUAAGAAACGUGAUCCUCGCUAUAAAGCAGGAACCAAGACCGAAGCUCAACGUCAAGAAGCACUUCGCCAGUCGACAGCUGCACAGGCCGCCAGGUCGCGGGCAGCGAACCAAGCUAAGCUUCGCGAACAUGUCAUACCUGACUGGGCAAAAUCUGAGGAUCCUGGGGAAAUAUCGUCGAACCAAAGUUCGGAAAGUGAGGUUGAACACUUCGAAUGUGUUGUGUGUCGCAAAACUUUCAAAAGCCAAAAGCAAUUUGAGGCGCAUGAGCGUAGCAAAAAGCAUGUAAAGGCCCUAAAGCAGCUUCGCUGGGAAAUGAUGCAAGAAGAUAAGCAACUAAAGUUAAAUGUUGAUGAUAAUUAA